AUGAGUGCCCCGGAAGAUGAGGACAAAGAUGAGGUGACAUUGCGUGGAGGGAAUGAGGGCCUCGAAGGUGAGGAGCUGGCCAGCGUUGGGGGAACAGGCUUCAAAGGCCCUUCCACACCUGGAAUAGGCCUCAACCUGGGGGUUCUUCUAAGAAGCAAAGCUGAGGGAGGCGUCCAGGGCCUCUGGGGCUCCGAGUGGGAGCCCAAAGACCUGGCAGUGGGAGAAGCAGUGCUUUAUGGCCAGGGAGGCCCUCAUGGCACCUCUGCUAACCGUCGCCAUGACCCGUGGGAUGAUUGGGAUGAUGAUGGCCCUGACCCAGUGGCUUUAGUGCCCCCGACUACCCAGGAGUCCGGGGCAGCCAGGAUGCCCCAGGUGCUCUACACAGAGCUACAGGAUGUCGAGAGAAGCCUGUCCCCAAUGAGCUGCUGGGAUGAGGAUUCCACCCCUUGGCGGGGGCUCAACUCAGUGACUAGGGCUCCAUUUCCCCGGGGCCAUGGAGAAGCAUGGCCGCACUUGGCCAACCCUCCCUUGCUCCUAGGGUGCAAGGAUGGCCGAGGUGGGAGAAUGACCGGGAGAGGCUCCAGGGGUGGGUGGAGUCCUCCUAGGGACAAGCAGGGCCCUUUUGCAGUAGGCCUGGCCAAGCUGCCUUCUGAGCCCGAGUCACCAGGUGACUUUGGGGAGCUACAGAGGAGGAGAGACGGGAAGGCAGCCUCCAGGGCAGGGGCCUCAAGAGGAAGGGGCCCAAGCAUUACCCAUGGCCCCGUGAGUUCCAGCAUUGCAGGCAGACAGUCUAAAUUUCCCUGGAGUGAGAAUGUGCUUUCCAUGCGAGGAUCCACACCACGCUCCCUUCCCCGAAGGGGCACUACAUCUUUAGAGAGGUGGGCUGUAGCAGGUCAGGACAAAUCUGCCAGCAAGACUUUGCCUAAUGUGGUGCUCGGCAAGAGCCAGGACAAGUCCAGCUACUCUGGAGUGUCUCUAUCAACCAGCCCUCCCCAGAGUACUACAAAGAUGGUAACCCAAGAUAAGAAAUACCUUAGGGGUCCCUCCAAAUUGACCCUGGGGAGAGGUACUCCUUCCUGGGGGCAGAGAACAGUACCAGCUCCCAAGCAGCCUGCCACCUUCCCACCAAUUUCUGGUGUUAAAUUUUCUGGGGGGCCCGAGCGGGGUUCCUUGGUGCCACUACCAAGCAAGCAGCCAAAGCAGACUGGUGCCAGUGGGAAGAAAUAUGAGACCUGGAGGCCAAGAGAGUAUGAGCAGUUGGCCAGAGAUGAUGAUCCAAAUAGAGAUCGGUCCCCCAUGGGCCAGAUCCAAGAAACCAGGCUGAAGCUUUCUGGCCAGAGGGUGCAUGUUGCACAAGGUGGCAGUGGCAAUUCCGACAUCAAAAUCCAGAAAACUCCUGGAGAUAUUGGGGCCUUCGUACUGAACCAAGGGCAAAUUAUGGCCCGAGGGCCUGCUCGUUCAGGGGACCUGGAACAACCUGAAGAUUCCCCAGAACCAGAACUUCUGCAGCUAGCUCCUGAAAGUGUCAACUGUCCACGGUUGCUCACUCACAUUCCACCCUACCUGGAGACUGCAGAGGAGGCAACCUAUUCUGAGUUCAGAGUUCAAAGUCAGCUUAAAGGGAAAAUUGAGAGUGCUGGCAUGCUGGCCAUGGGGACUUUUAUUCAGGCCCCACCAUUUCAGCUAAAUCAAGGCCAGGACCAGAAGUAA